AUGGCGAUGUACACAAACAGAAUUGUGCGCUGCUCGAAAUCGAAUCCAUUUUUCUCGGUGUUAUCGCGUAAUUUCGGUAAUAGUUCCAGUGCCCGCAAAUGGUACCAACAUCCGACCGUUCGGUACAUAUGUUUGGUGAGUGGUGGUUUGCUUGCGUUCACCGCCGCGACCUAUCGAAACCGUCCCAGGGUCUAUGCGCUCCAGCUGCGAAAGGAUGAAAUUGCGGACAAGGCCAUUAAGCUUACGGCUCGCGAACGACGCUUCAUCAAGUUUGCCUCGGUCGAGUUCGAUGGACAGAUUUACAUGACACCGCAAGACUUUCUGGAGUCGGUCGUCGAACAGGAACCACGACCGCGGCUCAAAAGGAAGUCAUUAACGCAUGGCGAGAUUCAGCAGCUGAAAGAUUACACGCCACCGUUGAAGCACGGUUCGUCGCAGCUUUUCCGCAGCCUUCGCGACAAAGGCAUAAUUUCGUACACCGAGUAUCUGUUUCUGCUUUCCGUGCUUACAAAACCUCACUCCGGUUUCCGCAUUGCCUUCAACAUGUUCGACACGGACGGGAAUCAGCGGGUCGACAAGGAUGAGUUUCUUGUGAUUCGUCAGCUGCUCGGAGGAUCGCUGAAGGAUCGUGAUCUCGAUGAGGCCACGCGUCAAGCUCUGCUGCAUCUCGUGUCGACCAGUGCGCAAGCGAGAUUUUUACUGAAAAACGAUAACGAACGAAAGUCGCAAACUACUGUCGCUGAACAGCGCAAACCGGGUCAAACGUACGCUGCUGGCGGCGCCAGGGAUGAUGGUGAUGAGGGGGAAACAAAAACGCUACCGGUCAAGAAGGGUAUCACGGCACGAUUAAUGGAGAAAAUUUUCAGCUUCGCCUGGAAGGGAAAGCGUGGUAUUGAAAGCAAGGAAGGCGAAGAACCAGGAGAACAUGAUGACUACGUAGACGACGAGCAGGGUCUACAACGGAAGCAUAAGGUCGACACAACGCUACAGAUACACUUCUUCGGCAAGAAGGGCGAUAAAGAUCUGCAGUACGAUGGGUUCUAUAACUUCAUGAAGAACCUCCAGACCGAGGUACUCGAGUUGGAAUUUUGCGAAUUUUCCAAGGGCCACGAGCGCAUCUCGGAGGUGGAUUUUGCGAAAAUCCUGCUCCGCUACACGUAUCUGGAUACCGACGAGUACGACAACUACCUGGACCGUCUGCUGGACCGAGAGGCUAAAGAAAAGGGCGUAUCGUUCGAUGAGUUCCGACAAUUUUGUCAGUUUCUUAACAAUCUCGAUGAUUUCUCGAUCGCGAUGCGCAUGUACACGCUUGCCGAUCAACCGAUUUCAAAAGAUGAAUUUUCGCGUGCAGUUAAAAUAUGCACCGGCUCCGAACUGAACUCGCACCUGAUCGACACCGUGUUUGCGAUCUUCGACGAGGACGGUGAUGGGCUGCUCUCGUACAAGGAAUUUAUCGCCAUCAUGAAGGAUCGCGUUCAUCGCGGAUUCAAAUCCAACGUCAAAUCGGAAGGAUGGGAAGCAUUCAAACAUUGCCUAAAGCAGGAAAUGAAACAAAACGUCUAAAAGAUCAUGUUGCACAACAACCGACAAACCAACACUAACCGCCUGCGAAACGCGAAGUUUAUGCCGAAUGCUCUUUCGGUAGACAGCCCUAGUUGAAUUCUUUGUAUGAACCUGUUAAGCAUUUUAAAGUUAUUUAUUUAGUUAGGUCGCCAAUCACCUCCAAAACCUAAUCUAUAAUGUAUUUCUUACACUUUAAACUUCCACUCUACGCUUUCGAACAAAGCCGCCCUUUGUAGUGCCAUAAUGGGCUAAAGGAACAAAACACUACUGUCCGAUCUCUUCCCGAUUUGUUGUGUCUGUUUUAUAGAGGAAUAUUUAUUAUCAAAACGAACACAUUGUUUAGGAAAGCCGUGUGCACUUGUUACUUAGUAAAUGUUGCGCAAAAUUUGUUUACCGCUGUUUUGAGAUACCCGUUUUGUCUGUUAAGUGCUUCAAUGUAAGUCUUUUGAGUGAGGCAUUUUGUUGAGGUUAUUUCUCUAGUUCAGUACAUAUCGAUGCUUCAAAAGCAGUCACUCGAAAUCGAUAGCAAAAUGCUGACGUUGACUCUUAAGUAAUGUUCAAAACAUGCAUUAUAAAGUUAAAAUUAUUCUUAUUAUUAAACAAAUGUUUGCGUACGUACUUUCUUUCUGCUCUCACGUACAUACUUUCUUGCCCUGUGUACACUUGCUGCACUUGCCCGGAUAAGUUUUAAUACAUUAAAUUAAAACCAAUGUUAAAAACGCGUAGGAUAAAACCAAACGCCAAAUCGUAUAUAGUUUCAAUGAAAAACAACACAAUUUUAACUAGCAUACAACGUACGGAAAGUAUUAUCGAAACCAACCUACACAUUAUGCAUCGGACACAAUCGUCUAAAGCAAAUUGUUAACAAUUUCUUACGAAUCCUUCAACACUUAAAACCCCCCUUACGAUGGUUGAAUGAUAAGCACUGUGUUCUGGCAGUUGUGUUGUAUUUGAGCGAAAAAUAAAUCCAA